AUGUUCAUCAAUCAACAUAAUCAUGCGCUGUCCCCUAAAAUCCAAGAAUUUGCAACAAAGUAUCAGUCAUUUACAGAUGAAGCACUUCAUGAAAUUUCAUUAAUGACAAAACAUGGGAAUUUAUCACUUACAGUACAAAGAAGUCUCUUAAAAGCACGAUUUCCGGAUCUGCAUUUUCAAAACCAGGAUUUGGCAAAUGCGAUUCAAAAAUAUAAAAAAUCUGACAAGAUUAACAAUGAUGCAUCUGUGCUGCUUACUUCAUUAAUGCAAAAAAAGUUGAAAACUUAUGUUAGAAGAGCCACUAACCAAGCCCCAAUUAUUAUAUUUACUGAUGCAGACCCCAUGCUUGAUGCUGCCAUUCCUAUUGUUUUUCCUGAAACAUAUCCAGCCUACUGUAUAUUCCAUAUAUCACAAAACUUACCUAAAAAUUUGAAAGCCAAAUUGGGUAAAAAAUGUGAAAAUUUUAUCCAACAGUUCUAUUACUGCCGUAACAGCUUAUGUGAACCACUAUUUAAGCAAAGAUGGAACCAAUUACUCACUGAUUUUCCAAUGACAAAGGAUUACCUUUUACUUGAAGGCUAUAAUUGGAUCAUAAAACAACAACUAAAGGCUAAUAGUACUCUAUGCGAGCUUGCAGAUCAUCUCGAUUCAAGAUUAAUAGAAGAAGGAAGAUAG